AUGUAUGGAAAUCUCUACAGGUCCACAGCCACGGUUAUCGUGGCAUUUACAUCCCCAGGAGACUUGCUGGUUCUGCUGGAAGAGCUGACGGUCCUUGAUCAGUUGAAAAGGGUGAAUUUCUCUCGUAAUGGUUACCACGUCUCAUUUGAUGCCAAUGGUGAUCCUGUGGCCUUCUAUGAGCUGAUUAACUGGAAGAGAAAUGAAAACGGUGGUCUGGAGUUUGUAACCUCCCUUCAAUACAACUGCUUCCAAACUGCAUGUAAAGCUGUUUGUCUACAUGUGAAUCAGGUGCCUGUGUCCGUAUGCAGUGACAGCUGUCCACCGGGAACACGCAAGGUUCUCCAGAAGGGGAAGCCGGUUUGCUGCUAUGACUGUGUACCAUGUGCUGAAGGAGAGAUAAGCAAUACUACUGAUUCAUCUGACUGUUCCCCUUGUCCCAAUGAGUUCUGGCCCAAUGCAGAGAAGAACUUCUGUCGUCGCAAGCUUGUUGAGUUUCUUUCCUUUCACGAGGUCUGGGGAAUUAUUUUGGCAGCAUUCUCUAUAGCAGGAGCCUGUUUGACCAUCGUAACAGCCAUAGUGUUCUUCCAGCACAGAUAUACUCCAGUAGUUAGGGCCAACAACUCUGAGCUGAGCUUCCUGCUGCUCUUCUCCUUGACUCUGUGUUUCCUGUGUUCUCUGACCUUCAUCGGCCGUCCCUCAGACUGGUCCUGUAUGCUUCGCCACACAGCUUUUGGGAUCACCUUUGUCCUCUGUAUCGCUUGUGUUCUAGGCAAGACGAUAGUGGUGUUGAUGGCAUUUAAAGCUACACAACCAGGAAGCAAUGUAGCCAAAUGGUUUGGCCCUGCCCAGCAAAGAAUGACUGUAGUAUCUUUUACAUUUGUUCAAGUUUUGAUAUGCAUUAUAUGGUUGGUUCAGAAGCCUCCCUUCUCUAUUAGAAACCUGACUACCUACAAGGAGAUAAUCAUUCUAGAAUGUGCAUUAGGCUCAGCAUUAGGUUUCUGGGCUGUGCUUGGGUACAUCGGGCUCCUUGCUGUAUUUUGUUUUGUGUUAGCUGUUUUAGCACGGAAACUACCUGACAAUUUUAAUGAAGCUAAGCUAAUCACAUUUAGUAUGCUUAUAUUCUGUGCUGUUUGGAUCACUUUUAUCCCAGCUUACAUUAGUUCCCCUGGGAAGUUCACUGUAGCUGUGGAAGUCUUUGCAAUAUUAGCCUCUAGUUUUGGAUUGAUUAUCUGUAUAUUCUUUCCAAAAUGCUUUAUAAUUUUGUUCAGGCCAGAAAAAAACACCAAGAAACAUUUAAUGGGUAAAACAUAAAAUAUAUUAGUCAUUUUUUAAAUUAAAUAAAUAUUGUACUCAACAUAAACUUC